AUGAUGGUGAAGAGGCGAAAGGUUCUUCCACCUCCUAAUGUUACCGGAGCUCUACACAUUGGUCAUGCUUUAACUGCUGCUAUCCAGUGCAUAACAAUGAAUAAGGAAUGUGCUAGUGAACAAUCUCAUGGCCUUAUGACUGGACCUUCAAAUAAUAUCCACAAAGAACUGAAAUUUGAUUAUGUAGAUAACUUUGACAGACAUAAUUCAGGUUUUACAAAUAGUGUUUCACCUUUACAAUAUCAUACAACUGAGAAAUAUCAGGUAUCACAUUCAGAUAUGUUUGGAGGUUAUGAUGACAAACCGUUGCUGAUGAGUUCAAAUGCAAAGCAUUUAGGUAACUUAAGAGGAGGUAAUAAAAUCCAGGAGACAUCUUCCAUUGAUGCCCUAAACUCUUAUCCUGGCUUAAUGUCAUCUGGCCCAUGUUGUUUAACCAUUCAACUGAUGGAUGUUGGGAAUGCAAAGACUGAUGUGGUUGCGGUUUCUGUGGAUCAUAAUUUUUCAACUUAUCUUCACAAUGGUUUUCUUUCUGUUGUGCCUGGAAAAAAGGAUUCUGGUAUUAUGUUGCAGAGAAAUAAAUGCCAAUUCUCAGGUAUUGAUGAAUCUUCUGCUAUAUCAGCUGUCAUGGAAGGCGUACAUGUGGUGAAUGGUUUGGAGUAUAAGAUGUAUUGCAGCUCAUCAAAGUUUGAUGGAUUUCAGAAGAAUUCUAUCCAAAUGGUAAAACCAGCAAAAGGAACAACAACUUUGGCUUUUAUUUUUAAGGAAGGUGUGAUGGUUGCUGCAGAUUCCCGAGCUAGCAUGGGAGGCUAUAUAUUUGACGGGGAGAGUGGAAAAAAAAGACGAUGGUCAGAGGGGAUUCACCUGGUUGUGGAGGCAAAAGAAGGGUUACCAAUCCAGGCUGAUUCAGUUGUAGUGGCACAAAUCACAUACCAAUCAAUGUUUAAGCUUUAUCCAAAGCUUUCAGGGAUGACAGGAACUGCAAAAACUGAACAUCCUACUUUCAUUGCUUUCUACCAUACUAGCAUACUCUUUAAAAAAGAUAUCUUUCAUAAGGCACUGUACUUUGAAAACUAUACCACUUAUGGUUAUAGCUCUAAAUACGUGGGCAAAAAUGAGAACAAGAGUUGGACAUAUGAGAAGGCAAAAUCUAUAAUUUCAGAGUCAAUUGAAAUGAGCCAGUCAAUGGGUUUAGAUGAACUGCAAAGGCUUGUGGAAGAACAGGCAGAGAUGUACCCUCUUGGUCCUUGCAUUGCAAUUGCCUAUUUAUCGGUUCUAAAGGACUGUGAGAUUCAUUGCUUUCAUGAAGGAUUGGAAGUCAAACGACUUGGUGGUCUCCAUGUCAUUGGGACAUCUCUGCAUGAGUCCCGAAGAAUUGAUAAUCAGAGCAGGAAGGCAAGGAGAUCCUGGAUCAACACGCUUCAUGGUCAGGUAAGUUCUGUUAAAUGA